AUGGAUUUGGAUCGAGAUGUGGUCUACUGGAAUGCGCAUGCCUUUUGCAACUCCAAACUGCUGGCCGCUUUGAAGGACCUGUUGGCCUUGCGUGCGGCGCAGUUCACCGUGGAGAAGGGCUGGGAUCCCUUUUUGGAUGCGUCAAUCCCCGGCCUUGACACGAUUCCACCACCGUUCUAUGAGAAGUGGAAGAAGAUGUUGGAGGAAAACAGCAGCUUGGGGCUUUUGAUCGAAGAAGUCUUGCAAGUCUGCUGGGAGGACGUCGAACCGAUCAUCAAAGAGAAUGAGGGCAGCAAGUUGCAGAGGUUGAUGACGGAGAAGCUGUCCUGGGCUUUGGAGGUGGGCUCCUGUUGGCUUCACUGGAAGUCGAUCAGCAGACCAGGGGGCAGUCCACGCAUGUGCGCGGGCGAUUUGCCCCAGAAGCUACUGGAGACAGAGAGUCAGUGCCAAGCUUUGCAGAAUGAUCGGCCAAGGCUCCUCCUACAGAAGAAAAUGGGUAGCAAGGUGAAGCGAGUAGAUGUGGAUUUCUAUCGGGCGGACUUGACCGAUUUGCCUUUCGAGUUUGGGGAGACCUGUUUCUUCUUGGUGUCCAAGUUCAGCGAUUUACCAAUGGCUGAGAUGUUGACGAACCGUGGCACAGCCUUGGGCUCCUUGGCAUGUCGCUUCGAUGGGCUCCAGGAGCACAUGGCCAUCAUCGAGGCGACUGGGCGCUUGGAGGACUACGUCAUGGUGGCCAACCCCGAGGCGGUGCACCAUCUCCACGUCUUUGAGGACUUGCCUCAUGAGGAUGUGCCCUUUGGUGUGGGUGUGGUGGACUUGGGCUCCAAAGAUGAGAGGGUGCAGACUGAGCAGUUGUACCAAGACCUGUUGUGCCUGGAGCCCGUGCUGAAAGCUCGAUCGGUGACCCACUUGUUGACGGUCUUGACGGGCUAUGGCCCCAGCACGAUGCCCUUCUUCGCGGAGGCCACGGUGCACCACACGUUGAAGCAGCUCUGUGGCUUGGUGGAGUACUUGGCCCGGCACUGCAAAAGCUUGCGCCGUGUCACUGUGGCCUCGUACAAGUCUGAGACUGCUCAACAGAUCAGGGAGUACUUCUCUGGAGGGCGCACGGUGGGCGAGACGAGCAUCGAUGAACUGCAGCGACAGUUGAGAGAUGUCGGCUUCACCAGGUGGUUGGAGGCCUUUCACCUCCACGCGGCCCUCGCCGCGCGGAGGACCAAGCGCGAGACCGGCGGACGGCGGACGGCCGGGGCGGGCGGAUCACGGAGUCCGCCGCGGGCGCGGUGUUUCACGGCGUUUUUGACCGGUGACGACCGGGAGGGUGGCCGGAGACGUUCCUCCCGGGGUUUUUGGGUGGGAAUGUGUUUGACGAAGUUGGACGAGACCUUGGUAAUUGCCUGA